CUUUUUCCAACCAUCCAUCCCACAUCUCUUACCCUCCAUAUCCACUGAGAUGGAAUCUUUCAUAUGCCUAAAGCUAUCCUCUUCCCGUGGCCUUGCAGCUAUUGCUGCUCUCUUCUUCUUCUACCUCUCACUCACAACACCAUGCUCGGCGGCCUCACCAGAGCCCCAUCCCCCUACCAAUACCACACAAUUCAUCAGAACCUCAUGCGGAGUGACUAUGUACCCUAAGCUAUGCUUCAAAACCCUCUCGGCUUAUGCCAGCACCAUCCAAACAAGCCAUAUGGAGUUGGCCAAUGCAGCCCUCUGUGUGAGCCUAAAGGGCGCUCAAUCCUCUUCAAACAAGGUGCUGAAGUUAUCAAAAGGGCAGGGGCUAAGCCGUAGAGAAGCCGCAGCGAUAACGGAUUGCAUUGAGAAUAUGCAGGACUCGGUGGAUGAGCUCCAACAAUCUCUGGUGGCGAUGAAGGACCUUCAAGGGCCUGAUUUUCAAAUGAAAAUGAGUGAUAUAGUGACAUGGGUGAGUGCAGCUCUGACAGAUGAAGACACAUGCAUGGAUGGAUUCGAAGGGCAUGCCAUGAAAGGGGAGCUUAAGAGGACUAUUAGGAGCAAUAUUGUGAGUGUUGCUCAGUUAACCAGCAAUGCUUUGGCCAUCAUCAACAAGUUUCUAUCUAUUCAGGGCAAUCAACUCUAAGUUAUUGUGUCCUAUGUGUCUACUACUAGUAUUAUUCUAAUUAAAAGAAGUUCUUCAGCGUGUUUAUGUAGUAUCCAUGUGUAAUGUUAUUGUAAAGAAAUAUUUGCUAGUAUUUUCUCUC